AUGUACAGAAUCGGUCACACAGAGCCGUGGACGACAGCAGAGCAGGAAGCAAAAGCCAAUAGCAUCAUCGUACUAGCACCGCAAGUCAGUGAUCUUGGCAAGAAGUCCGCCAGUCUAAAUGACUAUCUCGAAGAUUUGAAUCGCGAUCUUAAAGUACGACUUCUGUCCGACAGCGCAAAUGCAGAAGUCACAUCAUGGCUGGUAGAAACUCCAGUUGCACCAGCGCCCGGAGAAUUUCCACACAUGGAGCAAGUCAUGUUGGGGCAACCGUUUGGCGGCAAGUUUCUGAGGUGGUUUGGUAUUUCUCGGAACAAGAAGUCCUGGAUGGCUCCUCGACAAGGCAAAAGUUACUUCAAGAUUGAUGUUUCAGCAAUAUUUUGCUCGUUCCUAAAUGCCCGUGGUCAGCAUCUUCAAGUUCUUGGACUUAGUGGCCUUGAGAAUGUUAUGACCGUUUUCGGUGACAAUAAUGAGGGUGCACUGAUGAUAAAGAUUCGCAAUGAACGCCCCUUUCCAGGUUACGGAAGAGUCAUUGUCAGUGUUGGAGAUGACUUUGACAGAGCUCUAGAGAGCACUAUGCAACAAGCAAGGGCAAUAUUUAGAUCCGUGGAGCUGCCAAAUCCUGAGGCUGGGGAUCGGAUGAGCUCAGGUGUCGAGCGAAGCUGGGCUGACCAGUGGCUUAACGGGCUGCUUUACAGACCCCCAGUUAAUGACGGCAAGCUGCUCACCGCAGAAGGGAUUGCGGCAUCUUUGGAUACUCUGACAUCUAAAGGAAUCAAUCUCAGUGGCGUCAUACUACCCGACGCCUGGCAAAACGUCGAUCAUAGUAAACCCAGUCGCUACCAUGCCGGUCUGGUAGAUUUUGAGGCCGACACUACCUCGCUCAAGUUAGGGCUGAAAGAUAUCAUCAGCAAUAUCAAAACAAAACACCAAUCCAUUCGACAAGUUAUCCUCAGCCACCCGAUUUUCGGACACUGGGGCGGCAUAUCGUCAAAUGGGCGCCUCACGGAAAAUUAUGCAACCAUACCGGUGGAGAGAUCGGAGGCUAUUCAGCCAGGAGAGAAUAUCAACCUCACCAUCCCACUGAUCGCCCCGGAAGAUAUUAAAAGGUUCUAUCACGACUAUUAUAGCUUCCUAUCUUCCUGCAACAUUACAUCCGUCCAAGCCGAUGCAGUCUAUUUGCUAGAGACUCUUUCCUCAGCAAGUUCGCGUUGCUCCAUAGCAGACCGAUACCUUGAUGCUCAACAUGCUGCUGCACAAGUCAACUUUAAUGAGCACAGCCUGGUCAGCAUGUCCUUGGCACCUUGCGCUCUGUUUCAUACACUCAAGGUCUCCGAGACAGACAGAAAGCAAGUCGUUCGAAAUAGUGCCGCGUUUCCGAAUCACAAGGAGUACAUUUUUGUCAACGCACACAACGCAAUCCUUUCCGCGGCCGUCGGCAAUAUCCCAGAUUGGGGUCCAAUAGAAAGUACUAGCGAGCUCGGUGCCUUCCACAUAGCUGCGAGGAAUAUUUCCGGUGGUCCAUUGCAAAUCAGUUCAUUUGAUGGCUCAGAUGAAGAUGACAUGCGGCUAGUGCAACAAGUAUCGGGAUCAACAGGGUUGAACAAAACCGUAGUCCUUCGACCUACUGGGUUGGGCAGAGCGAUCAAUCCGUACAUCGCCCGUGAGGAUAAUGCGCUUCUGAAAAUUGGAAACACACAUGACACAGAAUUCUCAACUAUUUCUUUUCUUGGGCUCUUUAAUACUGCAGACCAGACGGCGACAGAGCUCAUCAGGCUCCAGGAUUUCCCAAGAGUGAACCCCCAACAGAAGUAUAUCAUCAAAACAUCGUCUUCAGGUGUCAUCAGCAACUUCGAGAAUGGCGAUAGUUCAUCCUCGCUGCUGGUGCAUCUUCAGCCCUCAAAAUUUGAAGUUUUGUCCGCCUGUCCAUUGAAAGAAAUCUCUCAGGCAGGCGCUAAAAGCAAUUUCCAAGUCGCUGUCCUCGGCCUCCAGGGGAAGUUGAUUGGUGCUACCGCAAUAAUGAGUAGCGCCUACGAGCUCGAAGACGGCCAACUCUGCGUCAAAGCUGUGCUGAAAAGCCUCGGCAUAUUAGAAUUUUACAUUUCAAACCUUUCGCAACGAACAAUCGACGAAAGCAAGAUGAAACUUCGAAUUCAAGGCAAGAAACUCUCUUCAUGUCCAUUCGUCGUCGACGUGACACGGCGAGUGCUCAGCGUAGACUUGGAGUACAUUUGGAAGACGGAGAAGAUUGAGAGCAAAACAGAUGAGAUAUAUGUAGAGUUACUUAUCUAA